AUGGGUUGGCUUCAGCUGCUUUUCCUCCAUCCUGUCUCACUUUACCAAGGGGCUGCUUUUCCUUUUGCACUUCUGUUUAAUUAUCUCUGCAGUAUGGAUUCAUUUUCCACUCCCGCCAGGCACCUCUUUCUCCUGGCCGGAGGAGGCGCCCUGGCCUGGGCCGCUAUGGGUUCCUUCGCUGUGCUCAUCUUCAUCCCUGCUGUGUGCGCUGUGGUUCUGAUCUCCUCAGUCGGCCCACAGGAAGUCCACAGGUGGACUUUCUUCGUUCAGAUGAGCUGGCAGACGCUGUGCCACCUGGGUCUGCACUACACUGAGUAUUACUUGCAGGAACCUCCUUCCACAAGGUUCUGCAUCACUCUUUCUUCCCUCAUGCUUUUGACCCAAAGGAUCACAUCCCUCUCUCUGGACAUUUGUGAGGGGAAAGUGGAGGCAUCAGGCCCCAGGAGCAGGAGCUCUUUCUCCGAGCAUCUGCGUAAGGCCCUGCCCUAUUUCAGCUACUUGCUCUUUUUCCCUGCUCUCCUAGGAGGCCCUCUGUGUUCUUUCCAGAGAUUUCAGGCUCGUGUUCGAGGGUCCAGCCCUCCGUGCCCCAGGCGCUCCUUCUGGGCUCUAACCUGGAGGGGUCUGCAGAUUCUCGGACUAGAGUGUCUGUUGGUGGUCACGAGGCGGGUGGUGAGUGCGGGAGCAGGACUGGCCGACUGCCGCCAACUCCAGUGCAUCUAUGUCAUGUGGUCCACAGCCGGGCUCUUCAAACUCACCUACUACUUCCACUGGCUCCUGGAUGACUCCCUCCUCUGUGCAGCGGGCUUUGGAUCUGAGUCUGGCAAGAGCCCUGGGGAGGAGGGAUACAUCCCCGAUGCGGACAUUUGGACACUGGAAACGACCCACAGGAUAUCCCUGUUCACGAGAAAGUGGAACCAAAGCACAGCUCGGUGGCUCAGACGCCUCGUAUUCCAACAAGGCAGGGCCUGGCCAUUGCUGCAAACGUUCACCUUCUCUGCCUGGUGGCACGGACUCCAUCCAGGCCAGGUGUUUGGUUUCCUUUGCUGGGCUGUGAUGGUGGAAGCUGACUAUCUGAUUCACACCUUUGCCAAUUUGUUUAUCAGAUCCUGGCCUAUGUGGCUGCUCUACAGAACGCUCACCUGGGCCCACACCCAGCUCAUCAUUGCCUAUAUAAUGUUGGCCGUGCAGGUCAGGAGCCCCUCCUCUCUCUGGUUACUGUGUAAUUCUUACAACAGUGUCUUUCCCAUGGUGUACUGUAUUCUGCUUUUUCUAUUAGCAAAGAGAAAGCAUAAACUUAACUGA